AACAGGAGGGACAAGCAGGGAGAGGAGUCAGCUUCAUCGGGGCUCUGCUGUAGAGGAACGAGAGCAGCAGCUUUUCCUCCUGUCUGUCUGUCUUUUUACAUUUCUGUCAGUCUCUCCCCUCCUCUCUAAUUGUCUCUCAUCCCGGCUGGCGCUGCAAUGUGGCUGUCUCUGCAGUGAAAGUGCUGGCUAGCGGAUUCUCCUUGAGUGAACCCUGACUGUGCGCAGUGAGUGCUUGCCGCUGUCCUGUCCACACUGACUCAGCUGUGCAGGCAGCCCGCCGGCCUCUGAGUGAACACCGGCUGCAGAAGCAGUCUCCUCCAAAGGACUGCUGUGGGGGCUGGCAGGCAGGCUCACAACCUCCAGGACUGCUGUAGGUGCAAGAUUGGGACGUGUCUCAUUUGGGGACCAGACACCCAGGCAGCAGCAUCCACAUUGAGUCCUGGAGACCAAAGACUCUGAGCUGUGCUGAAGGAUAUUCUACUAGCUAUCCCGAGCCUGGGCUGGAUUCUGCAGCAGUAACUGUUUUGGCGUAGAUAUGGCUGCCAUGGAGGUCCAGUGGGUUGGGGUCGAAGCCCCAAGGCCAGGCCCUCCGCACGUCGCUGUGGGCCUGAUCUUCUCAAUGCUGCUUGGUUUGUGGUCUACUCAGGCCCUAGAGAUGUCUGUCGGGAAGAUUCCUUUCCUGGAGGCAGUGAAUGGCAGCACAGUCAUGUUGCCUUGCACGUACCUCAGCUGUAUCGGCAUCGAUAACCUCUACUUCAACUGGCAGUUCAAUGACAACGGCACCAUGCAAAAAGUGUGUGAUUCAGUGAUCGUAUCGGAGGACUCGGUGCCAGAUGUGAAAAUAUAUCGAGAGCGGGUGGAGUUUGUGGGGAAGAACAUUCAACACAAUGUUUCCAUCUUGCUGUGGAACAUCACCUUUGAGGACGGAGGCCAGUACACGUGUUUUGGACGCAACCCCAAAGAAAAGGACAAGAACCACAGUGCUAUCUUUGAACUCAUUGUGGUGGACGAGUUGCGGGUGGUGGACAACACACUGACCAUCAUCAUAGCCUCAGCUGUAGGUGGAGGCAUCGCGUUGUUGAUGGGCUUCAUGUUGCUCAAGAACUUCACUCUCUUUGUUCUUUCCAAGAUUGAGGAGAAAAAUAAGGAGUGCCUUGUAACUUCAUCAGGGAUCGACAACACAGAAAAUGGCCUCUCAGGAUCCAAAGCUGAUUCAAAACCAACACCAAAAAAGAAAUGAGAAAGUGCAUGUAUAUGAGUACUCAUAUUUAUAUACCUUCUUUGCAUAUAUUUGUAUAUGCGCAUAUGUUUGCACACACGCAACUUCAUUAUGUUCAAGUUGGGAUUUUAAACAUUAUGCCUGGCUGUGGCCAUCAAAGCGGAAUAUACAGUAUAUGCUCAUGUGCACACAAUGCUACCACACAUGCACAGGAGAGUAAUAGUGCAGGUGAUAUACAACUAAAGAAUGUGCAAACCACAAGUGCACAUAAUUUAGUAAAAUACAUUGAAAAAAUGGUGGCACCUACCAGAGACACUUCAGCUUUAUUUUUCCCCCCUCUUUUUACAUAUCUACCUCCUCUGCCCACAUUGCUCAGUACAUUACCUGAAAGGACACAUUGAAGGUGUUAUCUUUGAUUUGUUUGUGUCAGUGUUUUGAGGAGAAUGCAGAAUAGGCCCUGAUAACAGUUUAACAUUUAGACAAGUUAAACCAGCGUGAAGUUCGGACUUUUAGUUGCCAAAUGAAUUUUAAUGAAAUGUGGUCUGAUUGCACACAGAGCAUGAUUAUCAAAUCCAAUAAGUCCUAUACCUCUGUGGAAAAAACCUUUGUUGUAGCAAUGCAAAAGGAAGAGAGAGGACACAACACAACAACAAAAAGUCUUUACUUAUUGUUAGAGGUUUCAUUCAUGAUAGAUUCUGUUUCUAAAGGCUCUGAACACUACAAACAUAAUGAGUAUGGAUCUAUUGAUGGAUGAACUUUACCAAGCAAGUUAACCAAUUUUUGAAUGCUCAACUGUCCUUUUCUUUGGUUUUCUUUGGUUUUAUGUUUGUAAUUUGACUAUUUGUUAUUACUCUAAAUGCCUCACAGAGCACCCAAGAAGGAACAGUAAUGCAUUUCAGGACAGAAACGUUGUGUCGACACAAUGGUCUCGUGUGUUUACAGUGAUUAUGCAGUGAGUAUAAGCUCAGUGAAAGCAUACUUCUUAUGAUCUGUAAGCAGUGUCUCUGGUAGAUUGCUUCUUUUUGAACUCUUAAGAUUAAAACGAAAUUAUGUGCACAUUGCAUGUUUUAAUUUGUGUGUACAAGUUGUUCGAGUGUGUGGGUUAAUCACCAAAAUGUGUUAAACAGUUGUAUGUCAUUUUGCACAGUGAUGCACUACUUUGAGUACUAUAUUGUGGCUUCAAAGUGCUUUGAACAGUUGUGCACUGUUUAAAGUACUUUGUAGCCAUGGUAUAUACAUAAUUGUCUGUGGCUACAGCCAGACUACAUAUAAAAAAUGAAUAUUUGACUGUUUUUCAUUUGGAGUCAAAACAAAAUAAAUAUGCUUGAGACAGGAAAUAAUGUAAUGUAGUUACAGCUGGGUUGAAUCCUUCUUUAACUAACACCAAAUGCACAGUAGCCCUUCUUUAUAAUAGCCCACUAAAUCAAAAUCAAAAUUUGGUUUUGAUUUUACAGUGUUCAACUUGGGGCUACCUUCCACAAAACACCUGAAGCAUGUUGUCUGAUUUAUUCAGACAAGUGUAAUAAAACAAGGGAUGAUUUAAGUAGUACUAACACAAACAGUAUUGACAGAAUAUUAUAGGAUUCAGCCCAGCUCUUCAUCCUGUACCUUCUCUUUGCUUGAUAUGAAACACAGGUGCCUGUUAGUGCUUCUAUGCUCCUCCGUCAGCGAGGACAACUACAUAUUGCAAAACAGUUUAUAAGACUCAGCAAACAGUAAUAAUACAACACGCUUCUGAACUGAAAUGAUAGACAAUCCCCAAACAAACCCCCCACCCCCUAGAAAAAUGAAUGACCCUCCGAUGAUGCUGCUUUUAAGACAAAUAACCAAUGCAUUUUAAGCAUGUGCAACGUGGACCAGAUUUUAGACACAAUGCUUGAAAACAGUAAACUUUUUGGUAAAAAAACACACACACACUUAAAAAAACAUGUUCUAAUAUACUAACAUUGGUAGCAUCAGCUCUGAGGUUAAAUGUAAAUCCCAUUUUAUGCCAUGCUCUUCAUUGUGCUAACCCAGGCUAAGGCUAAGCACUGUUUGGUGAUGUGACCCUGGAUACUAUUUGCCUGGAUUAGACACAACAUAUUCCCUUUGCUUAGUAUGUGCCCCCUCAUGGAAAUGGUUCAUUUCUUCUGGAUACUGAUAAACAUUCAUUCAGUCAGUGUUUUACUCUUUGCAAUAAAUAAUUUUUACCAGAUGCACUGCUGUGAUAAAGCCCUGCCCAUGGGUACAGUAAAUGCCCCAUAAAUUCAUAGUUGAAAUGAUCAUGGGAUCAGGUCUCAGAUAGCAGGCUGAGUAGGGGGGCUGUAGUUCAAGUAAAUACCCUGCUCAAGCUGGAAAUAAGACUAGUGAUGCUCUUUGUGUCACCCACUGACUGUACCAAACAGGGAUGAUUCCUAAAAGUCCUCUGAGCAUCACAUCAGGAGGUGAUUGUAUCUGCAUCAAACUCAAACAGCAAAAUACAAUUUCAGCUGCUGUUGCACAUUCAAGACACUGAAUGUCAGGUUUUUUAAAAAAUACCUCUGGAGCGUGGGACAAACGUGUGCUUAAACACUGUGUCAGGUCAGAUAUAAGCGUGCCUCCCCAGUCGCAACAUGUGUUAAAUGAACGUACUGUAUAGUGAGGUGUGUUUUCUGGUGGUUUCCUGAAACUCACUGUUAUGUUAAUAAUAAUGUGCCUCCAGUCUUUAAUCACUGGCUCGAAGCAAUAUUAUAAAGGGUGUGUGUUGGGCACUUUAAAAAGAUGUAUAUUUUUGUGUAUGUAAUAGUCCAAAUCAGUGUUGGUUUGUCACAUUGUUCACCCAAGUGAGACGAGAAGAAACCAAACAGCAUAUGUGAGGAAAUAGUCAGGUGCUAACACUGUUUAAGGUCUUGUGACAUGACAUCAUUAGUUACUCAAUGUGAUGUAUUUCUUGAUGAUUUGAUGGGACUGGCAGAAAGGAAGAAUUGCUGAAAAAUUUGUGACGACUGUCCCAUUUCAUGGGAUCUUUGAGAAAGAUAUUGCAGGUACACCAGUGGUGGAAGAAUAUUCAGUAUUCAGAUCAUUUAUUUAAGUACAACUACUAAAAAUACUAAAAAUCCUUCAUUCAAAAUCCUACUAAAGUAAAAAUACAAAAUGUACUUUAAAGUUUAGAGGUAAAAGUAGUAGUUUUGCCCCCUGUUUAGUAGUGUGCCCCCUGUGACUGAUAUAUUGUAGAGCUAGUUUUAACCACUUAAUAUACAGUUAGUUUAAUCCAGUGGUUCCCAACCUAUGGGUUGGGUCCCCUCCAAAGGGUCACAAGAUAAAUCUGGGCUAUCGUGCAAUGAUUGUGAAAAUGUUGUCUUACUUUUUUGGACUUUUCUCUCAUCUUUGCUGUUUUUUUAAAUGAAAUAUUGGAUAAUUUGACUUCUUUGGGCCUCUCAAAAUAAAUGAAACUAUGUGUGAAGUUAAAAAACAUGAGAUCCCAACUAGACACUGCUUUUUCAUAAGGGGUCAUAAACCCAAAAGGUUGGGAUCCACUGUCAUCUUUAAAAAUGCAACUCUGGCUGUAUACAAUAUAUGAAAUGUAGUGGAGUAAAAGAAUAGUAGUAUAAGUAAUAGAAACACUAAAUUAAAGUACAAGUAUGUCUAAACUGUAUUUAAGCACUUGAGUAAAUCCACUUAAGUUCCACCACUGAGGUACAUGAGGUGCAAGAAAUAUUAUGGACGACAUACUGUACAUUUGUCAUAUGUGUGGUUACCAUGUUCUUGUUUGCCUUAAAAGCGGGAACUCCACCUUCAAGCAGGUUUAUGAAUACAGUUGUCAAGAAAUAAGAUCUUUAACUUUUGGCCUGUUGCUGUUACUUGGAAACAUGAAGACAAACUUUUGCAGGGAUCAUGAAAUCAAAUAAUUAAAUUCUGUCGAAGAGUGUGUUUUCAAUCAGUUGUUGUAUAUUUAGACUCGAGGAGUGUGAUUUGUUUGAAUACAGUCUCACUGAAUCAAUGAAUUGAGGAAACAAAACUUCUGAUUCAAUGUUGAGAUUGUGUCGGUGAGGGCCUUAUGAUGACGACCGACUCUAUGCAAAUCACAGCAGAAGUUGAUACUCUGACAGUGACAGUUUGUCACACUGCACCACUAAGUUACUGUGACAAAUACUGCAAGCAAUACAACUGCGGGAGAUGUCCUGGAUCAGGGAAGUCAGGAUGAUGGGAUGCAGGGUGAAUGGGGAACAUCCAGAGAGGAGCAUCAAGUGGACUGGAGCCCCUGUACUCGAUCAGACCCUGAAGAGCAAAUAGACUCACCAAGUCAUACUCCACCGCUGCUCUCUGCACAUAAAUAUACAGCUACAACGCUCUGGCUCGCCCUCAAAUGAUGUCCCUAUUUUUAACCUCUCAUCCGUGCAUAUCAGCUCUUAAUCUGUUUAUUAUAGAAACAUGAAAUCUAAUAAAAGUUUGGAACAAUA